GUGAUUUUGGUGAUUGCGUUGUUGGAAGAAAACACCUAAAAAUUUUCACCGAAAAAAACCAUACAAAAAAUCAAUUUAAAUAAAUUAAUCAUUAAGAGAAAAUAUUAAUUUAUCAAAGAUACUUAAAUAAAGUAAAAAGAAGAAGCACUACGACGGGGACAGUAGAAAAAUCGAAACAAGAGCAGCCUGCCGAAAUAGCAAUAGCAAAAACAAGAAAAUAAUGGCCGAUGUAGAAAAUGUAUCAGCAGUGACUGCAGUGGCAACAACAACGACCACAGUAGCGGUAACACCAACUGAUAUACCGUCAACACAGGGAACCUUUAGUAAGUCAAUUGGUGAAGGGGUGGGUGGUGCCGUAAGUGAGGUUACUGUUGAAGGUAAUCAAACUACGAAUGAUUUGGGGACAUCCCCUACACAAGAGAAGUCAAGCAAUUCACAUCCUCAUGAUUCCGAGUACGAUACGGCCAGUGAUUUGGAGGGUAAUGAGGAGUACGACGAUGAUGAUGAUAUGGAUGAUAGUCUAACGGAAGACGAUGAUGAUGACGACGACGAUAGUGAUGAUGAGACUGAAACAGAUGAUGAUGAAGAGGACGAUGAUGAAGGCGUCGAAUUACAGGGUCAAGAAAAAAUUGAUGCUGAGGCUCAAAAGAAAGUUGAUGAAGAUCGCAGUAAUCCCCAAUAUAUUCCCAAAAGAGGAACUUUCUAUGAACACGAUGAUCGUACGGCCGAAGUGGAGGGUGAAGCAGUCGUUGGGGACGGUCAAGAGGCUGGUGAGAGUCCAGUGGUUAUCACUGGUAAUACUGGUAGUGUAUCAGGUUCUAAAACCUCUACUACACCUACAAUUUCAUCAGCAUCUAAAACCAUGAAGAAGUGGCAACCAGCUUCGGGUGUUGAUCGUUGGUCACAUGACCGUUUUGAUCCUUCGGAGCAGGCUCCUAAGUCGAGAACUGAACUGGUAAAUUCAUAUGGCUACGACAUACGCACUGAAGAUGCUCCUCCCAAGGCCCGAAGAAGACGUCGUUACGGACGUGGCCCCAGUAAAUAUAAUCGUAAUUGGGAAGACGAAAGUGCCUAUUUGAAGACCAAUAACAAAGAACGUAAACCACCAAAACCUUCUGAUUUUCCAGCGUUGAAUGAAAAUUCUGCAAAGCCCAGACGCACCCUACGUACGAGAGAGGAGAAGGAAAAUCGCAUGGAAAGAAGAAAACGCGAAGGUAAAAUUGGAGAGGGAAGAGCUGAAAGGACUGAUAAAAUGGGACCAUCAUCGCGUAACCAUCAUGCCGAUGAACAUGACCAUCGUGCAGAACCACGUAACGAGAGGGGAGACAGGAAUAAUGAAGGCGGUUAUAAGCAACAUAACCGUCAAAAAUCCUAUAACAAUCGAGGACAAGGACAGAAUCAAGCUUCCGUAGGACGUCAAGCUGCCAUGGAGUUUAAACAGAAAAAUCGACAAAAUUAUCAGAAUUCUACAACAGGAUCGUCAAAUAUGAAUUCCAGUAGUCUAUCCAGUCGUUUGGAGGCUCAAAGGCAACCCCAGAUUAACCAACAGCAAACACAAAAUAUGGCCAGAAAAUCAGCUAAUGGAAGCGGAAAUUCCAAGGACCACAAUCAAUCAAUGGGUCAUCAGAAUCUGCAGCAGUCACAGCAGUACGAUGGAUAUAACAACAAUAAAAAGAAACAUUUAGAACAAGGUUAUCAGCCUAUGCAAGCUGCACAACAGCAUUCAACUAUAGCGCCACAACAAAUUCAGCAGCAAUCCCAACAGACGUCUGUGUCUAAUCACGGUAUGAACAGGCCAAAUCCUCAAAUACAAAACAAGGCAACGCAGCAGCCAACAUCGAACCUGUCGCAACGUUUGCAGCAGGUACAAAAUCGUAAUGAUCCCAGUCAUGUAGGUAGCGUGCAAAUGCACGCUUUGGCUACACAAAACCAACAGCAGCAGCACCACCAGCAGCAUCAAUUAAUGCAGCAACAGGCGACAAAUAUAAUGAUGGCAGGAGCACAACCAUCACAACAACAACAGCCUCAAAAUCAGAACAUAAGUCAACAACCAAUUGAGCAGAGGGGACCACCUAAGAGAUAUUCUAGUCUGAGACGUUCUCAGCAUGAUGCUCAGCAUAUGGCCGAUCACCAACAACAACAAUUACAACAACAACAAAUGCAUAUGCAACAGCAGCAACAAAAUCCAUCUAUGAUGAUGCCAGCUGAUCAAGCCAUGCUACAAGCGAAUCUCAUGCAAAUGUAUCAUCAAGAAAACUUGCAGGCUCAAAUGCAAGCCUUGCAAGUUACUCAACAACCUACAGUAGCUAAACAGCCCAAUUAUGCAGCUCAAGGACCUCAAGCACAGCCUCAACAACCCUAUCCAGGCACAACGCCUACUCCGGCUGCUUACUAUGUAGCAUCUCCAGAUGCUUACACAGCAGCAGCCACUGCAGCUGCCACAGCUCAAGCCACCCAAGCUGCUGCAACAUAUGUAGCCCAACAAGCAAAUCCAAAUUAUUUGGCUCAACAACAAACUGCUGUCGCAGCAGCUGCGGCAGCGGCCAGUUUAGUAUAUAGCAAUCCUAACAAUGCUCCACAACAGCCCGUGCCCGCGGCUACAGCUUAUGGUCCAUCUGCCCAAGUGGGCGUUGUAACACAACCUCAAGCUGGCUCAGCAACGGCAGCUGGUUACCAAAACUAUAAUACCGUAGGAGGAACUACUUACUUUGUACCACCGCCUACACAGACAACAUCACGACCCGUUUCUCUUCCCCAAAGAAGACCUACCAAUGCUAUACCCAUACUGCCACCUUCCGAAAAGAAUAAGCAACAGAAAUCACAACAAGACUCGAAAGCCGAUAACGAUUCCAAAUCGUCAACGAAUCAACAGUCAAGCUCAAAUCAACCUCCCAUUGGUUCAGCUGAAAAUAUCGAUCACAUUAUAGAUAAUAUGUUUGUUCAGAGGCCAGCUUUCCAGCCACCACCGGCUACAACAACAACAACUACAGGUAAUGCAUCUUCAAAAACUCCCGCAUCAUCUACUGAUGCAACUACUCCAGCUGCCGACAAUUCAAAUAGCGCCAACACUCCAUCCCAGGAUAGUAAUACGCUCGCAACGGAAAAUAUCAAUAAAGCCACUAACGAUACUUCAACAGCUCCUACUGCUGCAUCAUCGUCUGCAACUAAUAAUACAACAACAACUAUCACCACCACUGAAAGCAGUAAUAAUAAUCAAAUAUCAGCACAAGAAUGAGAACAAAAGAAACGUUAUUAUUACAACACACAAUAUCAGCAUCAACAACAUCAUCAUCCACAUUCUCAUCAUAACUUUCUAACCCAACAACAAACACAACAUAAUAAUAAUCAUCAUAACAGCAACAAUAAUAACAAUAUAAACUUAUUAAUUAACAAACGUAAAUUUUAUUAAACAAAA